AUGGCUGCCCAGUCUUCCUCCGGCCGCCAGGUGUCCGACCAUCUCUCCUACCCGAACCCCUCCCUGACCGACACGGCCGGAUUCGCCGCCGCGAAUUUCGCUCCUCGCCGCGGCUUCGAGUACUCCGCGGCCUCUAGGCGCAAGAGAAUGAUCCGCAAGGUCUUGAUCGUUACUAGUCUGCUCUUGGGCCUUUUCCUCGCCACUCUUGACACCUCCAUCGUUGCCACUUCUCUGAUUACAAUCUCCGAGGAGUUUGGCGACUACGCCAACGCUCCCUGGGUUCUGUUGGCGUACCUCCUCACCUAUAUGGGCUGCGCUGUCGGCAUCGCCAAGUUCAGCGACAUCUAUGGCCGUCGUACCCUCUUGUUCUACAGCUGGCUCUUCUUCCUGCUCUUCUCUCUCAUGUGCGCUUGCGCUACCAGCAUGCCCAUGCUAAUCAUCGGCCGAGCUCUUCAGGGCGUCGGAGGCUCGGGUCUCUACAGCCUCGCCCAGACCUGUCUCCUGGAACACGGUCCCGCCAGCAACCCGCCGCUGAUGGGCGCCCUCAUCGGAGCCACCCUCGCCGUCGCUUUCCUUCUGGGUCCCAUCUUGGGAGGUGCCAUCGUCUCCAAGAUCACUUGGCGCUGGAUCUUUGGAAUCAACAUCCCUCUCGGCAUUGCUGCCGUUAUCAGCAUUUCCGCCUGCUACCCCCGAGACCGGCGCGCAUUCACCAUAUUCUCCAUGAGCGGUCUGAGGAAGAUCGACUACUGCGGCAUGGCCGCUCUUUUCGCGGCUUCCGUCUUUCUCGUCUUUGCCGUCGAACGAGGUGGCUCUCCUCUACACGGCUGGGCGCAUCCCAGCGUCAUCACCAGCUUCGUCGUCUCAGGGGUCAACUGGGUUCUUUUCGGCAUCAGCGAGACGUAUCUGUUCUACAAGUACUGCCAGUACCCCGACCACGUUGGCUGUCUUCACAUUGAGCCCGUCUUUCCCGUCCAGCUGGCUCAGCGUCGCCCCUUCAUGGGCGGUCUGGCUGUCACUUUCUUGACCGGAGUCCCGUACGUGGCCUUGACCGUCAUCAUUCCGGAGCGCAUGCAGGUCCUUGAGCAGCAAACCCCGCUCCAGUCCGGCCUUUACCUUCUACCCAUGCUGGGUGCCUGCGCGUUGGGAUCGUUUCUCGCCGGAGCCAUCUGCUCAAGGUCCAACAGAUCGGCUCUCGUCAUGAUCGUCGCAUCGGUGGCACAGCUCCUCGGCAUCAGCUUGAUGCUCAUUGUCUCGCCUGUUGACUCGUCAUUCGUUCCCGCCUACGGUUUCACUCUCGUCUUCGGACUGGGAGUCGGCCUCGUUUUCGGCUCUGCUACCAUACUCUCCGGAGUAGAGACGGAUUCGACCCGGGAUCAUGCCGUCGCCCAGGGAGCUCUCGCCCAAGCCCGCGCCCUCGGCAGCUGUCUCGGCGUCGCGACCUGCACUGCGCUCUUCAACAAGCGCCUUGACGCCUUGAACAAGCAUCUCACCCAGGAUCAACUCGAAGUCCUUUACCAAACGCCCACCGCGUCCGCUCGCUGGGACAGGAACCUGCUGCGCCUCGUCCAGAACGUCUAUGCUGCCGCCUUCAAGGACCAGACCAUCUUCAUGAUCGUCGUCUGCUCCAUCAUGGUGGUCGCCGCCCUCCUCGCCUGGGAGAAUUCGCCCAAGCCUAUCAGUUGCCUUGCCGGCCAUGCCCAGAGAGCCGAUAAGACACGCCUGCAGCGCGAGCACGACAACGAUGGCACCGAGAUGAGCGACAUGGCUAGCGUCCGUUCGGUCUAA